GGCUGAGUGGUGUGUCCCUUCUAGAUGGGACUUAAAUUCGUUACCUCUAAUAUGGAGGAUAGAGCCUAGACCCUAGAAUGGGGUUAGGUUAGGGUAAUUAAUCUGAGGAUUGACCUUGUUGUAUUAGAAUACGAUUUUGAUUGAAUAACCGCAAUCGUUAAUGGCCAUUUUGAGGAAGCUUGCAAACAAGUCGGUAUGUAUUGUUAGGCUGUUAAUCGACCUUAUGAUAACUACAACACUUGACGGAGAAUCUGCUUGUAUGGACUGCAAGAAGCCGCGAAUGUCCUUGAUUAUCUUGUUUGGUUUUCCUCUGGUCCUCUGCCAGUUAGUCUUCUCCUGGUCUUCUCCUGGCUUCCUAGUUUAUGGUAGGUUGCUUUGUACCCACGGAUUUGUAAAGGCGGCGUGGAGUUUUGCGCGAAUCGUUCUCCAGUCGUGAUGCCCUCGCGAAUACGCCUCAAAACAUGAUAAGCCUAUCCGACCACAAGACUUUCUGUAGUGAUGGUUGCUUAUUGUUUAAAGACCUUUGUG